GCCCCCCGUUCAUUCCCUCUCCGGUGGCGUUUCGGUAAACAUCACCAUCAGCAGCAGCAGCAGCAGCGCGCGGAUCUUCGGUGUUGUGAAGCCGGAAACCCGCGGAAUAAUCGCGAGGAACCUUGAUGGAGCUUCGAAAUAACCGCGUGUCUCUCCGCUGCUCCACCGAGCAGACAAAAGAGACUUAAACCGUUAAAGAGCGGCUGUGCUUCGGCUUAACCCUCCAUACACACACACACACACACGCAUGGAGCGGAGUGCUACAUAUUUACACCCAAACCCGUUACAUUUUCUCGCCUAACCCCGAGCACAGAGUGUGUGUUCAGCUUGUGAGUGAAGAACCUCCUGAGGAACAUGUUGACCGGAUCGAAGACCACCUUCAAAGUCCGCCAGAUGCCCGAGCUGAAGGACCGAAUCAUGAACCAGAGCAGUGUUCGUGCUCGAGGCAGAGAGAUGUUUGGUCUGUGCUGUUUACCAGGAGAGUGCGUCCUCCAGAGAGCCAUUCUGGUCAGGAAGAAGCUCUCCCCUAAAGAAGGAGGCGGCUGGCUGUCGGGCACGCUCUUCUGCACCCAUUUUCGAGUGGCUUUUGUGCCUCAGGACAGCCCAAGAUCAGACGACAAUGCAGAUCCUGUGCUUCUCGGAGACCAUGACGUCGCUCUGGCCUCCAUCGAGAAGGUCGUAGCCGUGGGACCAUCCCGAACCAAACUGGUCACCCCUAACUCCUCUCUGAAGUUCACUCCCGAGGAGCUGGUGCUGUACUGCAGGGACCUGCGCAUCAUCUGUUUCCUGUUCGACAGACUCACUCCUGACGCUCAGGCUGUGGAGAUUACGUACAGCAUCGCCAAGACGUACCAGCCUCUGAAACCGGGCACCAUCCUGUCCUUCCAGAACGCAGCUUUGGGAAGCGUCGAGAUGAAGCAGUUCCUGAGCAACCGGAGGCGCGACCCGAGCAUGAACUGGUACGAGAGUGCAGCCGACUGGGAGCAGGAGCUGGAGCGGACCGGAGCCUCCGGCUGGAGGGUCAGCGCCGUCAAUGACCGCUUUGAAAUGUCCACCAGCCUGUCCAGGUUUAACGUGGUUCCUCAGAAGGUCCUUGACACCGAGCUGAAGAAAACGUUCGCCCAUUUUAACGAGGGUCGCAUCCCGCGCUGGUGUUGGCGGCAUCCGUGCGGCAGUGACCUGCUACGCAUGGCCAGCUUUCAGAACAACAUCUAUCAUGAGAAGGAUGAUAUUCGGAACCUGGAGCUGAUCCUGUUUGGUGGACAGACUCAGUGCGUGGUGGUGGAUCUCGGGGACGAAAUGCCUUCGCCUGCGGACGUGCAGGUCGCACACACACGACUGCGCUCCCUGUGUCUCGGAGAUAUUUCCUCCUCCGUGUCCGUGCCGGAUGAUAAGUGGCUUUCCUCUCUGGAAGGAACUCACUGGCUGGAUUACAUCAGGUGCUGUCUAAGAAAAGCUGCAGAAGUCUCCUGCUUGCUCCAAAGAGGCCAAAUAACUGUGGUUCUUCAAGAGCCCGAGGACCGGGACAUGAACUGUGUGGUGUCCAGUCUUGUGCAGGUGAUGUGUGACCCACACUGUCGCACCGUCUCUGGCUUUCAGAGCCUCGUGCAGAAGGAGUGGGUGAUGGCGGGGCAUCGCUUUCUCAGCCGCAUCAACUACCAACGGGACAGCGACAAAGAGGAAGCGCCGAUCUUCCUGCUUUUCCUGGACUGUGUGUGGCAGCUGUGGGCUCAGUUUCCAGCCCGUUUCCAGUUGACUGAAGCGUACCUGCUGGCUCUCCAUGACAGCAUGCAGCUGCCUCUGUUUAACACCUUCCUGGCCAACUGCCAGAGAGGUCGAUGUCGCAGAUCUCAGAACUUGUCCCCGAGCUACACCCCGGUAAAUGGGCUAAGAGUGUUACCCAGAGGCUCGGCUGAGGAGGCGGUGGACCCUCCUUACCCCCCUGUGUGGGACUGGGCUCUGCAGUACAGCAGUCAGAGACUUGCCUUGUUCACCCAGCCCGUGUGCCAACCCGUCUCCCCUGCGGCUGCUCUCAACGGCAACCUCAACACCAACCCUGAGCCCGAGGGGAGUGACAGCGCUGUCGGCUCAGUGUUCCUGCUCUCGCGUGGUGUCUUUUCCUGUCCUUCCAACCUGCUGCCGUGGAGAACCGGAGGAGGUUUGGGUUCCUACAAAAAGAGCCAUAACAGAGCUCCAUCCUGUGAAGGCCUGCCUGCUCUCGAACGCCUGAUCAGAGCCGAACCAUUGACCUCCGCCCUCCACGAAUCCCACGGGCCUCUGCUGCCUCUGCUCUUGGGGCCCUGCGUGCACAUCUGGAGGAGCUGCUACCUAAGAGGGACGCUGCAUGCGCAGGCUUUCACCUACCCGAUGUCAUCUAACACGAGGCACCCGGUGGAACAGCUAGCAUGGGAGGUGGAGAACCUGCGAGAACGUCUGGCCCAGGCCUCCACGGGCCGUCCUCAGAACCACAAGAGACAAGAGCACCGCCGCCUCGGCUCCAACCUCAACCAAAACGCCAACAAUGGCACAUUCCUCUUCUCCUCUUCCUCCUCUUCUUCUUCCUCCUCCUCGUCCUCUUCUUCCUCCUCCUCUUCUUGCUCUUCCUCAUCCAGGAGCUCUCACCUGGAGAGCCCGAGCCGCAUUUCGGGACGUUCUGGCUACAGCGAUGGACCCAAACACACGUUCCUGUUCGGUCGCUCCGCCGCGGGUUCUAAUGCCAAACUGCCCAAGAGUAGCGGCUCACUGGGGCACAAGCCUCGCUGAGCUUUAGGUAGGAGAACUAAACCAUGUACAUGGGGAUGAAACCUUCUCACAGGACUAAGCGCUAGAAAUAUUCACUGUACACAAAGCACUCUACAUUCCUUCUUUUACUUUACUUUCCAUAAUCAGCACACAUCUGUGGGGUUGGGGGGAGUACAGCAUUCCUUUACCUUUUUCUUUAAUAGAAUAUACUAGUAGAGCAUAGUGGUGUGGAUUGAACAGUGCUUUGCAUAAGUAUUCGACCCCUUUUACGCUCCACAUGGGAAGCAUUGUGGUGGCAGCAUCAUGCAUUAUGCAGAAUCGUGCCAUAAUCUUUCCAUUUCUUCGAAAUAAAUCAUUUGAAUAUUUUUAUAACCAAACGCUGAUUCGAACGCCGGUUGGUCCACAUGAUGCUGCUACAGUAGUGUAGGUUGAUUCUGAUUCUUAAAGUCGUGUACAGGUGUAUUUAUUUUCAGAUCAACGUAAUCACUUGCUCCACAAACUUCAUCUUACUGCAGUAUUACUGGCCGUUAAGUAAACAUUAGUUCCAGGAUCUUAUAAGGGGGGUGAAAAUGUAUGCAAGGCACUGUGGCAAUAGGCAACAGCAUAGUCCUGGUAGUGCACCGUAGCUUUACUUAUGGACAUAAGGCAGGCAUCUCUAUUUCUCUGUAUAUUGUGUUUGUGUUAUCAUGUCCUCCCUUUUGAAAUUAAUGAAGUUCAUUGCCAAAUCUCUGCUUCUGAAGCUCAAAAUAUGAAAGUAAGUAAAGGGGGAUUGUGUA